AUGGCCGACCAACAGUCUCAGGGCACCGACCCAACUCCCCAACUUCAACAACCUGCCGCUCCUACUCCGAUCUCUCUCCCAACACAUAACUCUGGCCCCUCGCCCGUCCCUCUUCUCCGACCUGCCAUUCCCGGCGCAAGAAGUGGCGGAGCUCGCACGCCGAGACUUGGUCUUGCUAUUCCCCCAUCACCCAAUGCCAAACCAGUAGGCAACCAAGGAGCACUAGCAGUUGCUCCCUCAAGGCCACCGCUGCCAACGCUACACCUUGCAACUCCCAUGGGUAGCCAAGUAGCUCCCCAAGAACAACUCCCUCGAUCUCAAUGCGCCACUCAGCCAUCAGCAGGUGGCGGUAGCGAGAGCAGCGCUGCUCACUCAAGGUCCGGCAGCUUUGGUCCCCUGGAUGGCCGGGCAAGCAACCCCACUUCUGCAGGAUCUCAAUACUCAGCUCUAUCCUUUGCCUCUCAGUAUGGCAUUGGUGUAUCAAGGCCCCAAGGAACCCCAGACCCUGUGUCUGCUGUGGGAUCUAUGUAUUCGGAGAGAAGUGAAGGUGGCGUUUCCAUGGAGCGUGAUGGAAGCUUGCAGGGACUGGAAGCUUUCGACAAGCUAACUAUCGAGAAAGCCAGAACUCUUGAUGUCGAUGAUCUCGAUGAAGAGGGUUGGAGGAUCGCCAGUCUUGAAAAGAGAAUUGUCGAAAUCGGAAACCUUGGUGAGGGUGCUGGUGGCGCCGUCACAAGGUGUAAGCUCAAGGGUGGUAACACUGUUUUUGCUUUGAAGGUCAUCACUACGAAUCCGGAUCCCGACGUAAAGAAGCAGAUCCUCCGAGAGCUAGGAUUUAACAAGGAGUGCGCUUCAGACCAUAUUUGCAAGUAUUAUGGUGCAUUUGUGGACCCAUCUACGGCCACCAUCUCUAUCGCAAUGGAGUUCUGUGAAGGUGGCUCCCUCGACAGUAUUUACAAGGAAGUAAAACGCCUGGGAGGCAGAACGGGAGAGAAAGUGCUGGGUAAAAUUGCCGAGGGUGUUCUCGGCGGUCUAACAUACCUGCAUACCCGACGAAUCAUUCACCGCGACAUCAAGCCUUCCAAUAUCCUGCUGUGUCGAGAUGGCGCCGUCAAGCUUUGCGAUUUCGGUGUCUCGGGCGACUUUGGUACCAAGGGUGAGGCCAAUACCUUUAUCGGCACCAGUUACUACAUGGCCCCUGAACGCAUCACGGGCCAGUCGUAUACCAUUACCUCGGAUGUCUGGUCGACAGGAGUUACUCUUCUUGAGGUCGCCCAACAUCGAUUCCCGUUCCCCGCAGAUGGCACCGAGAUGCAACCGCGUGCCAAUCUCAUCGAUCUCCUUACCUACAUUGUUAGGCAGGAUGUGCCGAAACUGAAGGACGAGCCUGAUAUGGACGUGUACUGGAGUAAUAACUUCAAAUACUUCAUUGAGUGCUGCUUGGAAAAGCAACCCAACCGCCGAGCUAGUCCCUGGAAGAUGAUGGAGCAUCCAUGGAUGGUUGAGAUGCGCAGCAAGCGCGUUAAUAUGGUGAAGUAUCUUUCUUACGUCUGGGGUUGGGGAGACCAGCCCAAGGACUCUUAG